AUGUUUGAACCUAGUAAUAUGAAAAAUAUUUAUAGUUCUAGUAAUAUAGAGAAUUUUUUUGAUCCUGAAUUUGGUAAUACAGUAAUUGAUCAUUUGAUAUUUAUAUUUGAAGCUGGUAAUAUAGAAAAUAUUUAUGAAUUUAGCAAUACAGAGAAUUUUCUUAAUGCCGAAUCUGGUACCACAGAUGAUUGUUUUAGUGUAUACAACUUUAGUAAUCCAGAAAUUUUAUGUAAUACAUUUAGUUCUAGCAAUCCAGAAACUUUUUUUAACAUGUUUAGGCCUAGUAACAUAGAAAAUUUUCUUAAUAUGUUUAAUCUAAAUAAUAUAAAGACUUUUUUUGAACAAGUUAAUAAUGAGAAAGACAAUGAAAUUAUGAGAUCUACAGAAAAUCUCUCAAGUUUACCUUCAGAAGUUUAUGAAAAUCAAGGUAAUAGAAAAAAUUCAGAGCCACAGUAUCUUAUUGAAUCAAAUAUAAGUUUUAGAGAUUGGAAUAAGCUUGAGAAAUA